UCUUUGUGUAUUGAGACGGAUGACACACUUCUGUGUGGGAACGCGCCAGAAAGACAACACAUGGAAAGAAAAAAAAGGCUGCUUUUUCUCAGUGUUGCAACGAAGUAAAAAGCAUGUUCCCGCCCGGCUUUGCCUGGGGAGCUGCAACCUCUGCAUAUCAGAUAGAAGGAGGAUGGCAGGCAGACAGCAAGGGACCGAGUAUCUGGGACACAUUUUGCCGGGAGAAAGGCAGAGUGUUUGAUGACCAAAAUGGGGAUUUUGCCUGUAACAGCUACGAGCUGUGGGAGAAAGACCUGGAGUGUAUCCAGCAGCUUGGACUGACACACUAUCGCCUGUCUCUCUCCUGGGCGCGUCUCCUACCUGAUGGGACAACACAGCAUGUCAAUAAAAGAGGUGUACAGUACUACAACAAAGUGAUCGAUGAUUUGCUGGCCUGUGAUGUAUUGCCAAUGGUCACUCUCUAUCACUUUGACCUGCCUCAAGCUCUCCAAGAUCGGGGAGGCUGGACAUCCCCGGAUAUCGCAAUCCUCUUUGACAAAUACGCAAACUUUUGUUUCCAGACAUUUGGGGAUCGUGUCAAACUUUGGAUCACCAUCAAUGAGCCGUACGUGUGUGCUAAACUGGGUCAUGAGGAUGGCAUCCAUGCCCCGGGACUGAAAGAAAAAGGCACUGCUCCUUACGUGGUGGGGCAUAACAUGCUGCGUGCUCAUGCCAUGGCCUGGCACAGCUACAGCUCCGUGUACAGAGAAAAGCAGGGGGGCGCAGUGUCCCUGGCCAUCAACAGCGACUGGUUUGAGCCGUUGGAUCCGGGCUGUGACGAGGACAUCGCCGCUGCUGCUCGUGCGCUCGCAUUCACUCUGGGAUGGUUUGCCUGGCCUGUGUUUGUCACAGGGGAUUAUCCGGAAGUGAUGAAAUCUGCUAUCGAUGCCCAAAGUGAGAAGCUGGGAUACAGGGGAACGUCAAGGCUACCCAGGUUCUCAGAGGAUGAGCCCACCAUUUUGGGAACUGCUGACUUCUUUGCACUGAACUACUAUACGUCCCGGAAAGUCAAACCCAGAGGAGGCUGUGAGAAAACGUUGAGUACAAAGAGUGACCAAGAUACUGAAGAGGUGGUAGAUCCGUCCUGGCCAAUAAGUGGGCUGUCCUGGCUUGCUGUUGUGCCAGAUGGCUUAAGGAAACUUCUUAAAUAUAUAAAGGACACCCUGAGCAGCCCAGCCGUCUACAUAACAGAGAAUGGCUUUUCUCAAGUGGGGCCGCUACAAAUGAAGGACGUUCAUCGCUGUGAGUUCUACAAGAGCACAAUCUCAGAGCUGUCUAAAGCCGUGCAAGAGGAUGGGGUCGACGUCCGGGGAUAUUUUGCUUGGUCACUGAUGGACAACUUUGAAUGGGCUGAUGGAUUCAGUGUUCGUUUUGGGCUGUUCCACGUGGACUUCUCUCAUGCAGAGCUGAAUCGAAACAUAUACCAGUCUGGGCAGGAAUAUGCAAAUAUUAUCUCAAAAUACAAAUCUGAUCAAAGAAAAAGUGAACAGUUGAGCAAAAGUAAUGUUGAUUGUUGAUGAAUAUGAGAGGGGAAUGCUUCAACGAAACAAACACUGAUAAUAAAGCAUAAUUUGAUUAAUUUGGUUCUCAUUUCUGAUUUAGAAGUUACAAAUUGAGUGACAAGUUUUAAGUGACUGCCCAGUGAUGUGUUUUAAUUAAUAUUGUUGAUGAACUUCAUCUGAAGUAUUUCAACUUUUACAGAAGACCAGGACCUAAUAAGAACGACAAUUAUCCAAGUGAAGUUAGAUAAAUGUGGCAUUUUCACAUAUUAUAACAACAUACUAUCAGCAAUAAAAAGCAGCCUACAGAAGUGAACUGAUGUGGACUGUUUUUAAAUGUCAGAAUGAGCUGCAACACAACAGAACAUGGUAAGACAAGAAACAAAAACACACCACAUUAUCUUGAAGCAGGCUCAGACCUGAGGCUGAUCUAAUAGCUAAGUUAUUAAUGUUGUUGGUAUAUCGCAUUUGAUAAUGCUUUUCUGAUCAAAAUGCAAAUGACAGAAUAAAAAUGAACAUACCAUCAGGGUGCUUAAAACUUGGUGGAGAUGCCAGGUAGAAGCAAAAGAUGGCAUUCUGAGGAAAGAAUGCGCAUAUCAGUUUUC